UUCCCACCUGUUAUGUGAGGGCGGGAUGUGGUGCUUCCUUGAUUAAUGUCAUGCAGACAGAAGGAAUCCACAAACAAACGCGCCGUCGGCAUUCAACACUUUUCAUACAUCGCAAAUAGAUUGUUGUUGGAUCCUUUUGUGGAAGUUAACAUGAGUUUUAAGCCACACUGUUUGAAACUUAUAUUUUUAUUGGCCUGUGCCGAACACUGUCUGUCUCAGGAAACUGAGCAGAUCAAUGCUGAUGUUGAAAACCGAGGCUUCACGGGGACCGAGUCACCGGAAGGAGUGUGGGUCUCCCAGACGGCCCACGGGGUCCUGGACAGUCGUCUGACCACGGUGUUCCUCCCCAUCGUCUACAUAGUGGUGUUUGCUGUGGGGCUGCCUACCAACGCCAUGGCCAUCUGGGUCUUCCUGUUCAGGACCAAGAAGAAGCACCCUGCCGCCAUCUACAUGGCCAACCUGGCUCUGUCCGACCUGCUCUUUGUCAUCUGGACUCCCCUGAAGGUCGCCUACCACUUCAACGGCAACGACUGGAUCUAUGGAGAAGGGUUGUGUAAAGUCCUGGUGGGCUUCUUCUAUGGGAACAUGUACUGCUCCAUCCUCUUCAUCACCUGUCUGAGUGUCCAGCGCUACUGGGCCAUUGUCAAACCACUCUCCCAGAAUAGGAGAAACAACGAGGUAGCCAUCGGCGUCUCUGUCACAGUCUGGGUGGGGGUCUGGCUGAUGACCACCCCUCUCUACCUCUAUGACCAGACGGUCAAAGUGACCAACCUCAACAUCAUCACAUGCCACGACGUCACCCGACCCAGCCAGAAUAGCAUGGCCGCAGGCUACUUCCUGACCAUGGGAAUCCUGGGAUUUGUAGUUCCCACUGUGGUGUGCGUGGUGGCCUACAUUCUGAUGCUCAAGUCCCUGAGGAACUCCAUGACAGAUGCCAGCAUCACCAAGAAUCGGCGCAAGGCGGUGGUGCUAAUCAUCACUGUGUUGGUCAUGUUCCUGGUCUGUUUCACCCCCAGUAACAUCAUGCUGCUGGUGCACUACUCCCUCCUGCUGGCCGGAGGCGUGAACAACGGCUACGGCUUCUACAUCUCCACCCUGUGUCUGGCCGCCCUCAACAGCUGCGUGGAUCCAUUCAUUUACUACUUCAUCUCAGAGGAGUUCAGGCAGCAUGUGAAGAACACACUGAGAUGCCGCAGUGAGAGAACGGUGGAGAGAAUGAGGGUCUCGUUCAACGCUCUGAAGUACUCCAAAAAGAGUAGCACCUACACUUCCGACUCUGGGAAAACACAGAGCAGCUCCUGUUAAGGGGGGGGGUUGUCAUAUGGAGAUAGUUGGCUGUACUGAUGUUUUUCAAAGAACUGGAUGAGUGAAAGGGAAUACCGGGUUGGUGUCGAUUUACCAUGGUUCUUUCACCUGACAUCUGUUUUCAUCAGUAUCAAUGGAGACGAAGCCAUUUUAAAUGGAGAUGUAGCCCCAGACUACUUUAUAUAUUAUGUGCUUAUUACAUUGCCUUCACUCUCCUCAUACAUUUUUUUUGUUAUUGUGCAGAUUUUGUUGGUUUUAUAUAGAGGACAAAAUUGAUGUGUGAAGAGGCAUUGUUUUUAUUCUGUGUUUCUGAUCCAUUCCCCACAUUUAAAUAGUCUGAUGUCCAUUAAGUUUGUUCCAGCACUGCAGCUCUCUGAAACUGUAAACUUAGUUCUCAGUGCCCUAUAGCACUGACCCUUCACUUUUGGUAAUGUGCACUGUUCUUUUAUCAAAUGAGCCAUUACUUGACCUAAAUCAUGAAUCGAUGAUCUUUGUAGCACCUAUGCAUCCUUGUAAAUGCACAUCUGAUUGACUCAGGUGACAUGUAUAAAUUGUUUAUUUAUUGUUUUUUAAAAAUUGUGUAUAGGUUUUCUUUUUCUGCAUGUUGUGAUAGAAAGUAUGUCAUGUCUUUUUUUUAAUAAAAAAAAAUUAAAUUCUA